CGAUGCAUGUUUUUUUCGCAUUGUACCAUCUCCUCGUCGGAAAUUUGCGAGCACCUGGCGAAUUCGGCCCUAGGUGCAUGUAGUUGGCGAAAUUUGGCGCGCUAAAUUAAAACAAUGCCCCAAUGUGGACUUUAAUCGGUUCACGUUUAGUCGCUAUAUAAAUGACCAACUCUAUCUAUUCGUACAGAUUAACGUAUAACAUCGCGAUAUACACACGCUGCGCGUCUUAUGUAGUGCGUCCACUACCAUAAUUAACAAUGGAAGUCGUCUUACACGAAGCAUCGAACGUGGUGAUGUCGAAUGGGCACACACGCGAAAGUGACAGUGAGAAAGUUUGUUAUAAACCAGUGCAAGAAUCCGAUUUGGUCCAGACGUUCAGUCGGUUACCCCAAAAAGACUCUGUCGACGUUGCCUUCGAAAAUGUCACGUACACUGCAUCUCUUGGAUUUAGAAAAGGAAACAAGGAAAUCUUACACGGAAUCCAUGGACGAUUUCCACCGGGGAAGCUCAUCGGAAUCAUGGGACCUUCGGGUGCCGGUAAAAGUACCCUUCUCGACGUUCUGAGCGGGUACCGCAUUUCGGGUAUCGGCGGUACCGUUUACGCAAAUGGACUCGAGAGGAAUUUGAACGCGUUCAGGCGACUAUCUUGCUAUAUAACGCAAGAUGAUCGACUGCAAGAACUGCUGACGGUGCACGAAAACAUGAUGAUCGUUGCCGAUUUAAAAUUGGGCUCACGCGUCCCGGCGCAGGAAAAGGAAGCUAUCAUACGGGAGAUUUUGGAAACUUUGGGUUUGGAGGAGACGGCCGAAACGAGGGCCGGUAGACUUUCCGGUGGUCAGAAAAAAAGGCUCUCAAUAGCGUUGGAAUUGAUCGAUAAUCCAGUCGUGAUGUUUCUUGAUGAGCCGACAACAGGUUUGGAUAGUUCAUCUUGUAGCCAGUGCGUAAGGUUACUGCGUGAAUUGGCAAGACAAGGAAGGACGAUCGUUUGUACCAUUCAUCAGCCGUCAGCGACGCUGUUCCAACUCUUUGACUUGGUCUACGUACUAUCCGAUGGAAAUUGCCUGUACCAGGGCAGCACAGAAAAUCUGAUACCGUUUCUGGAAGCUGUGAAUCUGCCAUGUCCGCAGUAUCACAAUCCUGCCGAUUUUGGUGAGUGUGAUGCUAAAUCCAACAAGAUAUAACCCAAAGGUUAUCAGCAGCGAUAACGGUUAUCGCAUUCUAAUUUUGUAAUGGCACAUUAUGCUUCCUAUUUUUGUUUACAUCAACACAAUUUUCGUGUACCACAACAGGAAAAUUAAGACUGCAUCUCAUUUCUUACAACAAAGUUAUCACCUUCACCUGGAUCUUUCAUCAAAAUGGGUGUUAUGCCCGAGCCCCUUAUUUUUAUGUGUAUUGACCUUGUAAAUCUAUUAUUAUUUCCUGGUUUGUCGCCCUUUUCAACCAGUGUUAAAUCAUAAUCUGAUACUAUUUAGAGAUUGUAGCAACUGGAGUUAAGGGGAACUAAAAAAGCUCCUUAAAAGAAAAUCUGGAAAUAUUUCCAAUUCUAAAACCUUUAUAUAGACUCAGAAAACCCGUCCCCGAAC